AUGACUGAAAGUGAAAGUAAAAUUAUAAAAGAACCUAACACAAGAACAGAACACUAUAAAAGGGAGAAGGGUAGUACCAGUAGGUCUAGAUCAAGUUCUUCAAGUCCUUCAAGAAAUACUUUAACUCGAAGUUUAUCAAAACGUUUACCAGGAAUAAAGUUAGGUUCAUUAAAAGAUGGAUUAAUUGUUCCAGAAAAGGUUGGCCCAUUAGAGCCUAUCCAUAUCAAAGUUAUCAAUCAAAUUACUAAUUGCGAUAAUUAUGAUAAACUUGAAAAAGUUAUGUCAACAUACACUAUUCUAUUUUUUGAAAAACCAUUAGAUAGAAAAGUAAUUUGUCCACGGAUGUUAAUUUGGAAACUAGAAGAAACUCAUAGAAUAGUAUUAGAAGUUAUUUGUCGAUUACUAAAAAAUAAAAAAGACAAAAAUGAAAUACUAACACCUAUUUUGUCUGAAGGUCAACCACAUAAUGCUGAAGCUCUCCAGCAAUUUAUUGAAGACAUAUUCUCAAAUGAAAGUUUAUUUGAAAAAGAAGGAGAUCCUUCAUUUAAUGAUAAUGGAGAAAUUGUUACAAUUUCUAAAGAAUGUCUUAAAGAAUUAUUGUUUAAACCAGAAGGUAGUAAAGAGCUUGAUGAAUUCUUCUCCUUCACUCAACAAAAUUAUUUUACAGAAAAUGAAUUAAUAAAUCUUCUUGAAUUAAAAAUACAUGAAAUGAGUAUAAACCUUGAUUCUAGUUCGUCUUAUACAAAUGGACAGAUUUCAAAGUCGUUAGUAAUUCUUUGUGGAAUUAAUUCAUUUGGGUCUGACACUCUCAGUCAAAUAAAAAAGAUAAGAAGGACUCAUACACCUCAAAAAGUAACUUUUAGUACUUUUAAAAUUUCAGUAAAUCAAAGUACUGAUGAAGACAUUAAGACAACACCAAAAUCUGCACCAAAAAGACUUACAAGAAAAAGAUGUAAUUCGGCUUCAAAAAUUGAUCGUCAUCUUAAUACAAAAUUAACAGAAUCACAAAUCCUUUCACCUGAAGAUAAAAAAUCUCCAAAAGAGGCUGAACUUUUAUCUUUUUCUAAAAUAACUACAGAAAGUUCUAAAGAUUUGACUAUUUCUUUAUCAAACGAUUCUCAAAAAAUUGAAGAAGGAAUUACAAAUGAUAACAUACUUGUAAUAGACCCUAAAAUUCUUGCAGAACAAUUAAUGAUUUAUGAUAUUGAUUUAUUUGGGAAUAUUCCUCUUAAUGAAAUAACAUUAAUUGACAAGUCACCACUUAUCAUUUAUGGUACUUCUAAAUUAACUCAAAUAGAAAGUUUAGUUAUCAAACAAUCUAAAACAAGAAAUGGUAUUGAUUAUUUUAUAAAAGUUGCAUAUAAAUGUUUCAAAUUAGGAGAUUUUAAUAUGGCAUUUAUCAUUUAUUCUUGUAUUGUUAGAGCAUCUUAUAAACAUUCUGAAGAAUUUGGAAAUAAAAAGAAUGGAAAAUACUUUAAUAAACUAGAACAUAUUUUUUCAAUUAAUCAGAAUCAUCGUAACUAUAGAGAAGAGUUCAACAAGAGAAGUAACAAUGAAAGAAUUCCUGUUAUUUCAACGUGGAUCCAUGACUUCUUAGGUGAAAAAGAAAAAGGAUUUAUUGUUGAUAAUUUACUAAGUGUCAAUAGAAUGAGGUCGUAUGUAGAUUGUUUUACUACUUUUAUAUCAGAAAAAUUUAUACCUCGAAGACACAAAAAUAAAUAUUUGAAAAGAUUACUAUUUCUAAUACUAAAAUUUCCCAACCCCUCUCCUUCUCAAAACUAUUCUCAUCUUGAUCUUCAUGAUAGCACUAUUUUUGUGAAACAAACACCAAUAUUACUGGAAACACAUAUUAUUUCUCAAAGACUUCUCAAUUUUACAAGACACAUCUCAGCAAUUUUUUUUAAUAAAACUAAUUACAAAGUUAUUUUGUAUUUCACUAAACCUAAUUUUAUAUCAAAGCAUUUGCAUCACAUUGAUAGAGGUUAUGACACUUCAUUUUCUAGUCCAGUUAGAGUACUUAAUAAAAUAACUAGAAUUGUAAAACCUUACUGUAAUAAAGUGAUUCUGAACAAAAAAAUAGAUUGUCUAGAAAGAAAAACUUUAUUGUUUGUUCUAUAA